CGCGUGGGACGCCCCCUCGCCAGGCUGCUGUGCCUGGCCUGCGGUAACCCCGUCCCCUAGGGUGUCCGCUCGCCAUGCAACCCGUCCCCUGCGACCUGGGGGAGGGGAGGGGCUCUGCUUGCAGCGCCCCGCUAGGAGGGGUCACCCACUGCAGCUCCUCUCUGGGGCUGGGCGGGGCCUCUAAUUGCAGCCCUCCCCGCAGCGGCUGGGCGGUGGGGGCUGACUGCAGCCUCCCGCCCUAUCUGAAGAGCCGGGCGGCCGUUCUGGUUCUCCACCUGGCUAGGAGCCGCCGGGGGGAGUUUGUUUGCCGUCUGUCCCCAUCUCCCUGAUGCUCUGAGCCCAGUCUCCUCCUUCCCCCCCCGUGCUGGAUGCUCCGCUCACUCCUCGCUGCCCUGCCACGCUCUCCUGCCGCCUUCUCCCACUCCGCGAGACAUGGAGCCGGCCGCAGCCGGGGGCGACCCAGCCAGCCCCCCGGACCCCACCAUCGUGCAGCCCCCCGGGACCGCCCCGCCCUGUUCCUCCCGGGACCAGCAGGAGGAACAGCUCCGCAUCGGGGAGAGCGGACAGUUCAGCGAAGGGCUGGAGGACAGAGGUUUACUAGAAAGCAGUACAAGGCUAAAACCUCAUGAAGCUCAGAGCUACAGAAAGAAGGCGUUGUGGGUUUCAUGGGUCUCCAUCGUUGUUACACUGGCUCUUGCAGUGGCUGCCUUCACUGUCUCCAUAAUGAGGUACAGUGCAUCAUCAUUUGGAUUUGCUUUUGAUGCUAUCCUGGACGUUUUGUCAUCGGUGAUAGUUCUCUGGCGUUACAACAAUGCAGCUGCUGUACAUUCUGCACACAGGGAAUACAUAGCCUGUGUCAUCUUGGGUGUGAUAUUUCUUCUUUCAGCUGUAUGUAUAGUGGUCAAAGCCAUCCAUGACCUUGCGAUGAAGUUGCUCCCAGAAGUGGAUGACUUUCUGUUUAGUGUCUCCAUUUUAAGUGGAAUCCUUUGCUCUAUCUUGGCAGUGAUCAAAUUUAUGUUGGGAAAGGUCCUUACAAGCAGAGCACUGGUAACUGAUGGUUUCAACUCUCUUGUAGGUGGAGUAAUGGGAUUUUCCAUCCUUUUAAGUGCAGAAGUUUUUAAGCACAAUGCUUCUGUCUGGUACCUGGAUGGCAGUAUAGGAAUUUUAAUGGGACUUACAAUACUUGCCUAUGGAGUCAAGUUGCUUAUUGAUAUGGUCCCACGUGUAAGGCAAACGCGUCAUUACGAAAUGUUUGAAUGAAGACAGAUCCCCUCUCCUCUGUAUAGACUGAAACUGCAGCAUCGUAUGUUUUGGCAAGUGGUGCCACUGAUAUUUCACUGAAUAUGCAGUUUGUUUCCCAUGGUAUAUUUUCUUUUAAAGUUUAUUUUAAUGGGAAAUCUCUCUGUAUAACAGGCAAAUAUGUGCACUGCUUACAACGCAGCAAAACAGCAACAUUUUCCUUUCAAGUAUGCUAUUGAAUCCUGUGAGUGACAGUAGAAAACGUGCAUAAUUUGCCAUUCCAAACCAACUGUAGCGUUCUGUGUUCUAGAGUGAAAUUGUUUUUACUGAUAUAAUAGAUGUCUGUAGAUAAAAGGUGCCAGUUUCAGAGCCUUUUUUUUUUUUUUUUUUACACUGUUGGCU